AUGAUUCCGGGUCUAGAGGGCGUGUCUGUCGACGCUCUGAAAGGAUUGCUGGUACAAUUUGGGGUGCAAAGGCACACGGUUCCGGAAGAAGCAGCCUCUCCCUUCUCCACCGCGGUACGACAAUCUCCCCUACCGGCAACCUUCCGAGGCACAGGAGACCUGAGGUAUAAUGGAACAACGGACCCAGCAGAAUACAUUGGGCGCUUUACAACGGAGAUGGAAUUACACCAGGUAUCUGAUCCGACCAAGUGCCGACUUUUAGCUUCAACUUUGAGGGGAAACGCCCAUCAAUGGUUUCAGAAGAUCGGACCCAAAAGCAUCGAAUCAUGGGAGCAAAUGCGUAGAAUGUUUCUUACUCAGUUCCAAUCAUCAAUCCAUUAUGCCCCACCUGUCACCACUUUGGCCAAUAUCAGACAGAAAGAAGGAGAGACACUUCAAGCUUAUUUCCGAAGGUUCAACGCAGAAGUCCCACAAGUAAGAGGAGCAACUGACGAGACCGUUAAGAAUUUUCUGAUAGCAGGGGUAAGAGUGGGUACUGAAUUCUGGAAAGCACUUCAAAGGAAAGAACCACCUACUUUGGCAGCCUUAUAUCUCCUCGCAGAGCCAUACAAAAGGGAAGAAGAAGCUUUAGCAAGUAUUACCAGGCAUGACGCCAGUUCAUCAAGGACAUCUAGGCAAAGGAAGAGGGACAGAACGCCUAGUCCUAGGUAG